GACACUUUUGCCCAUUUUAUGACUCCGAGAAAGCAAGAGUCGACAAUCACUACACCAUACCGUGUCAAGAUCAUAAAGUGAAUUGUCCGCAACAUUAUCGUUCAAAUGAAGCCUAUAAAUAUCAAGAGUGUUAUGUCGGUGUCCAUGGAACGCACAUUUUCAAUUCAAGCACUGCCAAUAAUGGGGAAAAAGAAGAGGAAAACAAAGCUUUAAUAGUACAAUGGAAUACACGGUGGUCUUUGAUAUUCAUUAUUAUUGGUGUUUUCAUCAUUUCCAUCUUCCUUAUCAUAAUAACAGUGUUACAGCUAAUGCGAAAGGAAAGUCAACAAGAUUGCCGUGAUUGCUGGAAAUGUUGUUGUCCCACUUUCAAAGAAGGUCAUAUUGAUGAAAAAGGAAAGGGAGAACCAUACCAAAAUGGGGUGAAAAAAAACGAAAGGGAAUUCGAACAGCUCAUGGAAAAUGAAAAUUUAUAAAACAUUUUUAUCUCGAAAUCAUUGGUUUAAAGAAAAUUACUGCAAAAAACGCAAAACACAGAGAAGACACUGACUUUAUGUGGCUUUUAGUUACAUAUUUUAAA